AUGAGGAUUUAGUUGGGAUGGAUUCUCACCUGAAUGGAAUGCUUUCAUGCUUAGACAUUGGGUGUCCUGAUGUUCGUAUCGAUAGGGAUUUGUGGGAUGGGUGGUAUCGGAAAGACCACUAUUGCACAGGUGGUUUUUAAAAGGCUACGAGCCCAGUUUGAUGGUUGCAGCUUUCUUGAGAAUGUUAGAGAGGUGAUUAUUAAAAAGCAAGGUGCAGUUUGUUUACAACAGCAACUUCUUUCCGAUUUGCUGAAAGGUGAUGUUAGUGUACAGAACAGUGGCAGAGGAAAAGAUAUAAUUAGCCAUAGACUGCGUUCUAAAAGGGUUCUUAUCAUUCUCGAUGAUGUGGACAAAGAAAAACAAUUGGAAAUAUUGUGUGCACGUGAUCGGGAAUCGUUUGGUCCAGGGAGUAGAAUCAUCAUAACUUGUAGAGAUGAACGUUUGGUCAGGGAAGAUGAAGGAGAUAAACUAUAUAGGGUGAAUCCAUUAACUGAUGCUGAAGCACUUCAGUUUUUUAGUAUGAAAGCCUACAAGAAAGACGAGCUGGUUGGAGAUGAAAGUCCCAAGCAAUCCGAUGAAUUUUCUCAGAAAAAAAAGCUAUCCGAGGAGUUUCUGAAAUAUGCUAAUGGCCAUCCAUUAACUAUCAAAGUUUUGGGUGGGUCUGUUCGUGGUAGAAGUGUAAAAUUAUGGUCAAGCACGUUACAAAGAUUAGAAGAAAAUCCUGAAAAAGAAAUUAUUGAUGUUCUUAAGGUUAGUUUCAAUGGAUUGCGAGAAACAGAGAAGAAAACUUUUUUAGACAUCGCAUGUUUCUUUAAAGGAGAGGACAAAGAUCGUGUUAUAAGAAUCCUAGAAGGCCACGGCUCAUUUCCGGAUAUUGAUAUAGAAGUUCUGAUAGAGAAAUCUAUGGUAACUAUGUCUAGAAAUAAAUUGGGGAUGCAUGAUUUGAUACAAGAUUUGGGUCGGGAGAUUGUGCGUCAAGAAUGUCCUGAAGAGCCUGGAAAACGUAGCAGGUUGUGGAUUCCCAAGGACAUCAUCCGUGUACUUAAGCGGAGUAAGGCAACGGAUGCAGUCCAAAGCAUAUACCUCCAAUGUGCAAAAAAAAACGAUGUCGUUCACUCAAUUAAUGAUGCCUUUUCAGUUAUGGACAGAUUAAGAUUGCUCAAGAUUGAUAAUUUGAAAUUUUCCGGAAACAUCUCAUAUCUUUCUAAUGAGUUACAGUAUCUUGAAUGGCAUGAAUGUCCUUUCGAUUCCUUCCCAUCAGACUUUCAACCAGACAAACUCGUUGAAGUUCACAUGUAUUUUAGCCGCAUCAAACAACUUUGGGGAGGAAAAAAGUAAGAUCACUAUUAAUAAU